GCACGAAAUGCAGACUUUCAACAUUUCGCUUCUGCUGAGUGACUCCUGUUUCAUUUGGAUCUAGGCAACCGAUUCGCACCCUGUUUAAUCUUUAUACGAUUUCGCUUCAUUAAGUCCGUAUAGGCAUUGCAGAGGUGGAAUGAUGUGGCCCCAUGAUCAAGAUGUACAGGUGAGCAGUACGACAGGGGCCGGCGAUGCCUGUCGAUCCAAAAGAGCCUGUAUAGGCUGCAAUAGGAAGAAGACAAAGUGUUCGUAUAGUGGUUCAGUAGAACACCACCUCCCCUGUAUGUUGUGUUAUCAUCCUUUCCCUGUCAUAGAUUUUAAUCAAGAUCAUUCCACAACCCUCUGACAUGCGCGCGCAUGGGUAACACUAAGUCUUUUACUGACGGCUGACUGAGCCCUGCUUAAAGGCGAUAUGACACUUCCAUCCUGCAACCUGUGCUCUCGAACAAAUACCCCUUGUCUGUACCCUUCUCACAGGAAAAAGCGAACGCUCAAGUUACAACUCCAGCACAGAGCGAACCAGUGCAAUGGCGCCAUCCAGCAAUGUGGUACAAGUCUGCGAGAUUACGAAGGCUGGCAUGGGCAAUCUUAUAUUAAUGGCGGCCAGAGACCAGACGUCCGAUAUAGUUUCUGCACAAAAACAGGGCCACCAUGGACAUGAACUUGAAUCGACAACUACCGACGAUCCAAACACAGAGGACAACAUCCUGCCAGAAAGUUCGAGUACCGCGAUGAGCGAUCUCGGCAACGUCCACGCCCUGACGCAAAGCGCUUCUUUUGAUGACCAGUACUUGAAUCAGCUCAAUUCGAUCGACCCACUCAUGAACUUUGAACUAGGACGGCUCGAAACUCCUAAACAAAACGCUGUUCUCGAUAACCUAUCCACCCCGUGGAAUUCUGAGUAUUUUUGGCACGCUUAUAGCCCGGGCAUGUCAUCAUGGAACCCCGGGCCAGACCAGGUCAGUCCAGAGAGCUCGGGGGAAGGAGCUGUGGACAGUUCCAACAACACACUCCACACACCAGGGCCUAGUACAGCGGCAGGCAUUUCGGGUGCUUUAGUUGAGGAACUGUGAGUCUUAAUCCU